AUGUCUGAAAGAAAAGUGAUCAACAAAUACUAUCCGCCAGACUAUGACCCUUCAAAGAUCAUCAAGAAGAAGAAAAAAGUGAAGACCGGUUCUGCAAGUUUGCAAACAGUUAGAUUGAUGACACCAUUUUCAAUGAAGUGUCUAAACUGCGGUGAAUACAUUUCCAAAUCAAAGAAGUUUAACGCUAGAAAAGAAAACACAAGUGAGAGUUACCUGGGGAUGAAAAUUGUGAGGUUCCAUAUCAAAUGUCCAAGAUGUGCUAGUGAAAUUUUGUUCAGAACAGAUCCUAAAAGUGCUGAUUAUGUUUUAGAAUUUGGUGCCCAAAAGAACUAUGAUUCAGGGAAUACCAAUAAAAUCAUGAAAGAAGAGACACAAGAGGAGACGCUUGAAAGAUUAGAGAAGGAGGAAGAGGAGGCCAAGAGAAAAGAAUUGGAAAAGGAUAAGAAACAAACUUCGUUAGAAGAAUUAGAGGCAAAAUUGAAUGAUAUCAGACAUCAGCAAGAAAUUAGUGAACAAAUUGAUGAGAUAAGAGAGCGUAAUGCCAAAAUUAGUGAGAGAGCUACAAACGCUGAGCUACAGAAAGAAAUCAAGGAGAGAAUGAGAAAAGCCGCAACAGAGAGAUUGGUUCAAGAGAAUGAAGAAGAUGAAAAGCUUGCAGAAGCAGCAUUUAAAAAACAACAACCAGAAUCAAAUGCUACACAAGAUGGGUCAGAUGGCAGUGCUGAAGUUGAUAACACAUAUACAAAUAAAGAGGCCAGCUCCGGAUCAGAGUCAGAUUCAGACUCUGAUAGUUAUUCCCAACCUUUGUUUUCCAAAAAGACAUCAGUCCCUCAAAAAGUUGUAAUGAAAAGGAAAAAUAAUUCAUUGGGAAUUAGUGUCAAGAAAUUGAAGAAAUGA